UUCUAUAGGCAUUGUCCAAUAUAAUUGGAUAUUUUUGGUCAGUAUUGUGACAAAAAUGCCAUUAGCUCCGGAAAAUCAGAAGUUUUUCUUGUACGACCCUCAAUCGUAGGUUCCUUUUUGGAUUGAAGCAGCCAUGUACAAUGUACAUAUAAAUGACGCCCGACUGGCGACGACAGACAAGGCCGCAACACAAACCAGAACUACUAGUUAGAAAAUAAUUCCAUAUAUGAAAGCUUAAAAUAAGCUCUCCCCAAGAUGUCGAAUUUCCAUGUCCAUCCUUUUGGUAACAGCAAUCAAAGGCUCAUAUAAAGAACUACCCACUUGCGUCGAAAUGCCUUAAACUUUACUUAACAACCUAAUCUCCGCUAUUCUUGUGUGAGUCUGUUUUUUUUUUUUGGCUACCAGAUAGAGAUGGGCAAGGAAGGAUCAAACAAAUCAGAGUGGGGCAUAAAUAUACCUGACGAUACUUCAGAGAUAUUAGUGCCAGAAUCUAGGCCAUUAGGCCAAAGAGUCUGGCUGGGUGUAAGGGGUCUCCUAGGAGGAAUAAUUUUGAAGAUUUGGAAGUUUUUGGAGAAAGCUUGGAAUAUAGGUGUUGCUGAGCCAAAAAAGGUCAUCCACGGCGUCAAGGUGGGGGCGGCACUCUCUCUUGUAUCACUUUUCUACUAUAUUAGACCUUUGUAUGAAGGUGCUGGAGGAAACGCUAUGUGGGCAGUUAUGACUGUAGUCGUGGUUCUGGAAUACACCGUGGGUGCCACCCUAUAUAAAUGUAUCAACAGAGCAACGGCUACUUUUCUUGCUGGGUCCCUUGGUCUUGGUGUUCAUUGGGUUGCGAGUCAGACAGGAGAAAAACUUGAACCCGUAAUACUUGGAAUCUCACUGUUCAUUUUUGCUUCAGCAGCAACAUUCUCGCGAUUUAUACCAUCUGUGAAAGCAAGGUUUGAUUACGGUGCUUUGAUCUUCAUUCUCACCUUUACCUUAGUUUCGGUUUCUGGUUAUCGCGUGGAUGAAUUGUUUGAUUUCGCUCACCAAAGAUUAUCUACAAUUGUUAUUGGAGCCUCCUUGUGCAUUCUCAUAAGCCUGCUUUUCUGUCCCGUUUGGGCUGGCACUGAGCUUCACAAUUUGACUCAUAGUAACCUGGAAAAACUUUCUGAUUCAUUGGAUGGAUGUUUUGGACGUUACUUCACAAGCAACGGUGACGAGGAUUUUAGCUUCAAGGUGGAAGAGUAUAAAUGCGUGCUUAAUUCAAAGGCAACUGAAGAGUCUAUGGCCAAUUUUGCAAGAUGGGAACCUUCACAUGGUCGUUUCAACUUCCGGCACCCUUGGAAACAGUACCUCGAGGUUGGGGCCUCAUUACGUAGCUGUGCUAAUUGCAUUCAAACUCUCAAUGGUUUCAUGAACUCAGAAAUUCAGGCACCUGAAUAUCUAAAGAAGCAUCUCAGUAGUCCCUGCACUAAGUUGAGUUUCUAUGCUUCAAAAGUCUUGAAAGAACUGACAAAUACAGUGAAGACCAUGACAAAACCAUCAAAUACAGACUUGUCGACAGGAUUUGGAGAUAUGCGACACGCAGCACAAGAACUUCAAAAUGCGCUCAAAUCUCUUGCUAACUACGUACCUGCGACGGCCCCAGCACCAACAUCGGGUGCUGUUGCAAAAGCAGAGCCCACAACAAAAACUAGCCCACCACCUGUCAUGGAGGUCCUUCCACUGGUCACACUGAUAUCUUUGUUAAUAGAAACUGCAAGAAAAGUGGAAGACAUUGUUGAUUCUAUUAACGAGUUGGCGAGGCUGGCAGAAUUCAAGCCUGUCACUUCUAAAAGAGUCAACCAAAAUGAGCCCAAUAACAAACUCACCUCAAGCAUCCCAGACCGUCAAACAACCAAAAACCCAACAGAGGCCUAA